GUGCUCCGCGCGCGGGGUUGUCAGUCGUCGGGUGAGCGGGGUGCCGUGUAUACGCGGACUCGGGCUAUGGCGGAAGGGCUGAUUCUCAUUCCCAUAAAAGGGUCGAGUUGAUUGUAGUGCAGAUACGUGUGAUCCCCUCGCGCCCGUCAGACAAAAACACUAUGAGAAAAGUAAAAAUGUUUUUUAUGUAAACAUUAUUCAUUGUUAAAGUUUUGUUGAAUGAUCCACGAAAAAGAGAGAACACUUAUGUAUACACUGAAAUAUUGUAGAUAUAUAUAGCUCUAAGCCUGAGUGGCAUUUAUUAUCUUCCAAAGAACAUAUACUGAGUAAUAAUGGCCACGCAAAGAUUUUGUUUGAGGUGGAACAACCACCAGUCAAAUAUGCUGUCGGUAUUUGACCAAUUAUUACACGCAGAGACAUUCACUGAUGUGACGUUAGCGGUGGACGGACAGUUGCUUAAAGCACACAAAAUGGUCUUAUCGGCUUGCAGUCCAUACUUCCAGGCCCUCUUUGUCAACCAUCAAGAGAAACAUCCCAUAGUAAUACUAAAGGAUGUCCCUUAUUCUGACAUGAAAAGUUUACUCGACUUCAUGUACAGGGGAGAAGUGAGUGUCGAUCAAGAACGGCUGACUGCUUUCUUGAAGGUAGCAGAGAGCCUAAGAAUAAAAGGCCUAACUGAAGUAAACGAGGAGAAAUGCGAUAUUCCCGCGUUAACGAAUUCCUUAAUACAACAGCAAACAACCGCGCACACACCGCCGCCACAGUUGCAUAGAAUACAUCCGUACAUGCAUCAGAAAAGGCCUGCAUCUGGAAUUCCCAGCGGAGGUGCACCGCCAAACUUACUUAUGCCGCUAUUAGGGAAUGCGCUUAUGCAACCGAAGCGGAAAAGGGGUCGGCCGAGGAAGCUAAGUGGUAGUUCCAGUGACGCACUAAACACCGCGGCCAGUCCUCCUGGUGAAUUCAUACCGGAAACCGCAUCUCACGUCACGAACCGGGCUGGAGACCAGUUAAUACGGGGAUCACCUGAAAUGCUCGAGGUUAAAAUGUCAAUGGAUGGUUUCAAUCAAGACGACGGUGCAACAUCGGGCGGCGAGGACGGUGGAGAGGCGCUCAUGAUUGAUGAGGGUGAUGACGCACAGUCAAACGAAGCUCCGAAUUCCGGCAAAGACUCCGAAUCAGCAGAUACCGCAAAAGUACCAAAAGAAGAAAUACAACAAAAUUUCUCAUCUAAUGGUCCAGUGCUUUCCAUUGAAAACGGGUCAAUUAAACAGGAAGCUACAGAACCAACAGAUGAAUACAACGAACCUAUUGAAUAUAAAUAUAAUCCCGAUAGAAGCCGCGAAAAUUCAAACUCUCAAGAUGGUCCCUUGAAAGACACAGAUGAAAAGCACAGACUAGGUCGUAACUUGAAGCCAAAGAAUAGUAAAAAAAUACUUCCCCAAAUGUCAAAAUUCAGGGCUCGAACUUUAUUCAAUCAACUGUCGGGGCUCUCUAACCUGAAUCCUGCCUUAAAUACCUUUGACAAAUUUCCUCCCGAAACCGUUUUGAUGCCAGCUCUUGCCACCCAGCUCUUUGCUGCUGAAUUAGAACAAAAUAAUCUUAAUUUGGCUAAUAAUGAAGUAACAGACUUAUCACAAACUAAUUGGGAACAUCGUAUAUUUCCUUCGCCCAUAAGGAAGAAUAAUAUGGGUAGCGUCGGCAACUAUCAUGAGGAAACCAAUGAGUCCGUGCGAGAUUACUGCAUCAAAGAAGGCGAAAAUGUCUUUAGAUGCAAAAUAUGUGCGAGAGUAUAUACUCAUAUCAGCAAUUUCUGUCGACAUUACGUAACUUCUCACAAGAAGGACGUGAAGGUGUUCCCAUGCCCGAUUUGCUUCAAAGAGUUUACUCGCAAGGAUAACAUGAUCGCACACUUAAAGAUUAUACACAAAAAUCAGCCGAAUGCCAACGAACAAACUGCUAAGCAGGAAUCUUAAUUUUCCUGUUGAAAAGAUCUGAUUUCAUGUCGCGUAGCAAAUUUUUGAACGAGUAAUUAGUUCGAGCUCUGAGUUUAACUUUAUCAAUAAGAUUGUUGAUAUGUUAGCGACGUCGGUCGUUUGUUGUUAUAUUUAUCUAUUUAUUUACGUUGUUCCAUUGUUUCUUAGAGUGCUGAACUUCAAAGUUAUGACAAAAUCUAUAACUUACUUGUUAUUUUGCACUCACUUGUUACUUAAUUUUAUUACUUACAAAAAUUUCAGGGUACAAAGUAACUACUCAUGGUGAUUCAAAUGUAGUUUAUUUGAUUACACGCAAUUCUCAUUGAACUGAAUUAGUAUAGAUUAGAUAUUAUUUUAUUAUACCAACGGCAGAGCCUUUUUGUAACAGUAAAAUAUAUUUAUUAAGCAGAAUAUUUAAACUAGAGGCUAUACUCCUUACAAAAAGGCUUAUUGAGCCUUGGUAUGUAGUGUGAAAUGCAUUUUCAUUUAACUUGCCUUUUAGUGAUCUUAGUUAUAAUAGACAUUUUUGAACUUCUCCGAAGUUAUAACUCAAUGUGGGCUAUGAUUUAAAUAAGUUAAGAUUAAUUUAAAUAGUUUAUAAAAUAAAUUUUUGGUUGUAUGUUUCGUUAUUACAACUGAAUAGCUAAACACUUAGGUAAUCUCAUUUCAGUAAGAGCGAAUAGUUCCUUUAUUAGUUGCAGCUACUAAUUUUAAUUUAUACAAUCCAUAUUUAUUUCUAAUGUCAUUUUACAGUUUCUUUCAAAGGACAUUAAUGUUAAUGACAAUACCUAACAUAAAUACCUUAAGUAGACAAAUUUAUACCUACAUAUUUACAGUGCUUCUAACGAAACCCUAAAUCAAAAUGAUGAUAAUUGUAUAUUAUAGCGAGAAAUUACUUAAAUGAAAGUAAAAAUUAUACUUUACUUGUGACAACAGUGUUGUUAUAGUGAUUUUAGUAAGGUGCUUUGGGAGAUAAUGCAGGAACCAUGAGAUGAUUAACUUCUGUAUUAGAAAAUUGCCUUAUUAAGGAUCGUACUUAUUUAUUUAUGCAAUGUAGUCUUCCAUACUAUAGCAGACACGGUUCAGUUAUAGAGUAGAGGUUUGAUAUAAAUUAAAUGACUUUGACAGUCGAAUAAGUUGACCCCAAGUUUCAAAUAUUGUAAUUAGUAGGUCCAGGGAACGCUUGCCUAUUAGUGUGCCUUUACUUGUUAUAUUAAAAGUUAAUUCGUCUACUAGUUGAUUAAGAUUUUUCAAAGGAUAUUGUGUAUAUUUAUUUUCAUUAUUCAAACUUUACAAUCUAUUUUAAGAAGCUUCCUUAGGAUAGAACCUUUAGGCCCAAGUAGUUAAAAAUCGUAGUUCGUAGGUAUUUAGGGAUGUCAUCUCAUGUUUCCCACUACUCAAAAUUUGAAACGAUGUGAAGUUUUUGACUUGGCCACGUCGCCAGAUAGUUUGUUGUAAGACUGUUAAAUUCUUCAAAAAUUUAAUAACGAAUUUAUUGUACCCUUCAUAAAUUUUUAAGAAAAUUUAUCUUGAACAUUGGUUAGGUACUUAAACAAUUUAAACUUAAUAUAUUGAGGCUAAUGUAAAGUUUAGUGUCUAUUACAAUAGUCAAUUUAGCCAGUGCCUAAACUUAAAUGUCGAAAACUUAAAUUGUAGCAGUCUCUUUAAUUAGAUAUUUAUGUCCCAAUACGUUUUUCUUCUCAUUGAACAUAAACAAAUGAAAACCAAUAUCUGUAUCGGUGUUUCCAUACUUGAAAUUUUAGUUUAAAAUGUUGAUAAUUGUAUUUUUCGUUAAUAUAUUUGCUAUAUAAUAUCAUCAAUUGGUGCUAAAUUAAACUUAAGAAAUGUCGCAUAUAAUGCGACAAUAUAAAUGUCCCUAAACAAAAUGUUGUUUGUUAAUAUUGUUAUUUUGAAAAACAUAUACGCCCUAUUUCGUUCAGAGCACUAUAACACGAAAUGGGGCUCCUCUAUGAAUAUAGAAUGACAUAUUUUAUUUACAAAGAUACAUAUUUAUUUUGAAAUUGUUGAAAACCAGAGGUUAUGUAAUAAAAUUACCUAGAAUAUUCACGAUUCAUAUACAUAUAUAGAUUUAUCUUGAGCAAUUAUAGUAAUAUGCUUCUUAAAUAUUGUUAAAUAACAUAUUUGAAUCUUUAAAUAGUACGAGAUAUAUUUAUUUAUCAUGCUAUAAUAGUAACGGCUGUUUUUUCCUUUUUCUCUAUAAAAUAUGAAAUAUAUUAAUUAGCUGCUCUAGAAAUGGUUAUUAUAGGUUGUUGCGAUGUAAGUUUUGCAGGGAACAGUCUAUUACUAUUAUAUAUAUGCCAGAUACAUUAAUAAUUCUUAUUAUAUAAUUAUUCUUAAAAUAGAUGCACAUACUGUAAGAGAUAUAUAUUUAUGGUUGACAGACGGUGUGAAGUUUAUUGUAUUGGAGCAGGCGAAAGCGAUUCUUAAACAUUUUACGUAGCUGCUUUGUAUUGUAUGUAAUGUCUAGUAUUUAUUUAUUUAUUUAAAUAUACGAUUAUGUAUAAUGUUAUUCAACGCGAAUUAUGAAUCAUUAAAUAUAUUGUGAAAUAGACCUUAGCCAAAUGUUAAUUCCAUAAUUUUUUGUUAUUGCACAUAGACAAUAGAGGAGGCAAACUGUAUUUAAAUUUAGAAAAGUUUAGAAUUGAGAGUUACACUAUUAGCAUUAUUUGUUAUCGAAACAAAAUACAAUCGUAUACAAUAAUUAUAUGUUAAUUACUAUUUUUAGAAACUUUAAAGAAAAAUAAAAGUUACAUCAAAAUAUAUUAAAGUUUUAAUCAAUGUUAUUUUUCUACUUUGUUUUCGUUAAUUUAUUUUACCUUUUAUUUAUAUAAAUGCGUACUUUAAUUUCUAUGUGAUGUCUUUAUAUUGUUCCUUGUCUGUACCUCUUCAUUGCUAUGGUUUAAGUAAAUUGACAUGAUCUUAUUGUUACUGGUGAUACAACGACGUUAUUACAAAUUCAUUAAUUUUAUAUUUAAUAUUAAUAGUAGCAAAGUAACAACACGGGUUAUUAAAUAAAGAUUAGUAUAAGUUAUUUAUAAUAUAGAUUAAAUUGUGUUGUUUCUAAAGGAGUGAAUUUUCUGUGUAAGUUCUUGUAGUCACGAAGAGGGAAAUGAGCAGGUAGGUAUUUUGAUGGUACCUUAUCUCACGUUUCAUAGAUGGUGUGUUAGCUAGGUUUAUGUUGUAAAGCUUUUUUGCUCAAAUUUAUUCUUAACUAUCAACUUUUGGUUCAGUACAAAUUGCUUGAAUUUUUAAUUUCAUUAUCCUUAUCAUUUUUCGUUACGAGGCUACGUUCAUUUGUUUUAAAGAUUUAUCAGAGCUGUUUUAUGUAUAAGCCUAAGAGAUUAAGAAACAUUUUAUUUUAAAAGGCUGCUAUUUAACCUUAAAGCCUAUCUUGUCGUAAUGGUGGCCUACCUAAGGUGUAUGACAUAACUUGCCGAAAUAGUUCCAAAUGCAAAUCUUGAGUCCUAUUUUUAUUAUAGUUAAUACAUUUUUUGUUUUUCUAAUUUAUUAAUUGUUCAUUCUAUUAGAAACGGUUCUAAAAUAAGUAUAGAGUUAAAGUUACACUUAUCUACGGACUUUUAAAUAAUUUUUUUGUUAGAUUAUUCUGUUUAAUACUUCAUGGACGAGUUUGUUUUUCUAUCUACGUUCUGUAGUUCGGUGCUAUUCUAUGACAGAUGACAGAUGUCAAUUUCGACGAACUCGUCCAGAAAAGUUUCAUUUUGUUUUUUAUCACGGUGUAAUUUACUCAUUGAACAAAUAAAUUUUAAUAUAUUUUA